GAUGGAAACCCUUUUUUGUGUCCUCUUCUCCUUUGAUUCCCUUCGUCGUAGUUGCACGCAAUGCCGCACUAUGCGUGUCCCGGAAGUCCCGUAGUGUGAUGAGAGGGCGAACGACACGGAUCUGUUUCUGCGAUAUUUUUUAGUUCUUGAAGGGCAAAUUUGGAGGAGUUUCGGGGAAGUUUGUAGGGGGUAGUCCAAGCACCUUCGGCUUGACGUCGGUGGUGGAAGCGAGGGGGAGGUUUUUUCUAUGAGAUCCAUUAGGUUUUGGUGGGAGGAUUGACGCAUCUGCGGUUCACUUUCUUGUCGCGUGAGCAGGAUCUGAUUGAACUCGUUGGAAUUGUUGGAAUUGUUGGGAUUGUUGGGAUCGCAUGAACUGAGACAGAGGCGGUUUGGCGAGUUGAGUGUGAUUUGUUGUGAAUUUUUCAAGUACUCGAAUGGGAGGACAAUCUGGUCCAACUAUGGACUCUGGUGAUUUCUUUGACCAGUCCGAGUUUGUGCCAUCCUCGAAGUCAAAUGCACCAUCGAAGCCUGUCCAAGAUAGGAGCUCGUCGUCGUCAGGAAAUGAGGCUGGGAAGAUGGUUGUUGGAAAUGGGAGUCCAGACUCCUACAAGGUUGUCUUUAUUAAAGAUAAUGUAUCUGUGCACCCAACUCAAAAUGCUAGUGAACGUAUCAGCGGACGCCUACGACUCAUAAAGCAGGGGGCUUCUCUUUUCAUGACAUGGAUUCCUUACACCGUUCAGGGCGCCGCGCGCCGUGGAACAUCAAUUAUGAAAUCCACAGAGAAAGACAGGAAUUUGUACACGAUUCGUGCAGUUUCUCUGGCAGAGAUGCGGUCAAUUCGUCGCCAUACUCCACCCUUUGGUUUGCAGUAUGUUAUCAUCGUUCUUACGUCAGGUCUUGCAUUUCCUCCCUUAUACUUUCAUACUGGUGGAGUUCGAGAGUUUUUAUCAACUCUUAGAAAUCAUGCUCUGCUUGUGAGAUCAAACGACGAUUCAAAUGUAUAUCUUGUGAACGAUGUUCAAGACCCUUUACAGAGGAGUCUUACAUCACUGGAGCUUACGGAAGUAACUCCUGUAUCAGUAAUAACCCCCGCAGCCGAACCUCCUCCGGUUGUGACGAAGGAAGAUGAUGUUGAGCCAGUGCCGGAGGAGAGCAUCACUAGCAGUAGCAUGCAUACAUCCGUGUACAGACAAGGUGUUCGUAGGGAGGCAUCUAGAGAAAUUAUAAAUGUCUUGGAAAAGUUUUCUAUGGUUACGAAAUUUGCAAGGGAUACGACAGCGCAUCUGUUUGGAGAGAGCCGGUUUCUUGGAAACUCAGAGAUGGAUCUUGAUCGGGCACCUAUGAGGCUACGCAACGACGACGCUUCUAAGAGCAACAUUGAAUUCCAAACCUUGAAUAGACCACAAGAAUCUAACAGUGAUGGUAAAGAAGCGGUAGCAAAGGGUGAAGAUGAGACUCACAGAAGAUUGACAGGAGUUGAGAAGGAGAAAAUAGAACGGGGGGAGAAGGAGAAGAAAGAGGAGAAAGAGGAGAAAAAGAAAAGUGCAGAAGAAGAGGCAGCUACCAAUGUAGGAACAUUUGAGCUUGUUGAUGGUACUCAGAAUGAUUCACCAGCUUUGGUGUGGGGACGAGCACGGCCACCACCUCUCGGUCAUGAAGAGUGGGCUACUUUCUUGGAUAGCGAGGGCCGUGUAGUUGACCCAAAAGCUCUUAAAAAGCGUGUUUUUCAUGGUGGAGUUGAACCCAACCUGCGUCCGGAGUUAUGGAAAUUUUUGCUCGGCCAUUACAAGUUUGAUUCUACAUAUGCAGAGCGAGAGGCCUUGGUAGCAUUGAAACGUGAAGAGUACAAAGUCCUUCAGACACAGUGGAAGACUGUAUCUGAAGACCAAGCAAGGCGAUUUGCUAAAUUUCGGGAAAGGAAGCACCGAGUUGAGAAAGAUGUGGUUCGAACAGAUCGAACUAUUCCCUUUUACGAGGGUGAUGACAACAAAAAUGUGGAUAUUCUGCGUGACAUCCUAGUGACGUACUCGUUUUACAAUUUUGAUCUGGGAUACUGUCAGGGUAUGAGCGAUUUGCUGUCGCCAAUUCUACAUGUGGUUGUGGAAGAGUCAGAGGCUUUCUGGUGUUUUGCUGCCCUCAUGGAGAGGAUGGCUCCGAACUUCCAUCGCGAUCAAGCUGGGAUGCAAGCACAACUCUCUGCUGUAUCUAAGUUGGUGCAGUUGCUGGAUAAUCCUCUGCAUGAUUAUUUCAAGCAGAAUGACUGCUUGAAUUACUUCUUCUGCUUCCGGUGGAUUCUGAUCUGCUUUAAAAGGGAGUUUGAUUAUAACGACGUAUUGAGACUGUGGGAAGUUCUCUGGAGUCACUACUUAUCUGAACAUUUCCACCUAUAUAUGUGUGUGGCAAUACUGAAGAGGCAUCGUCGUAAGAUCAUGGAUGAGCAAAUGGAAUUUGAUACCCUGCUGAAGUUCAUCAACGAACUGAGCGGGCACAUUGAGUUGGAGUCUACUCUUCGCGACACAGAAGCUCUCUGCCUUUUUGCUGGGGAAAAAGGGACAGCAUGUAUUCCUCCUGGAACACCACCAUCGCUUCCUGUGGUCGAAGUGGACGCUUUUCCCAUGUCGUUGUAAUAAUUCACAUGUUCACAUUUUAUGUACAUAAGUUUUAGGUCUUUAUUGUUGUCAUUGGACGUGGUUCAAAACACAGUGAUGUGAAGAACCCUUAAGAGAUCAUAAGUGCUGUGAUAAACCAUUUGUUCUCUGUUAUGCACAUAUUGAAAUAAAAGCGUUCUUUUUAGUGGGCACCGAAUUUAUAAAA